CUGACCCGACCCCGCCUGCCCUGCCGUGCCCGGCGCCCGAUCGGGGAAGCAAGCCUUUGCUGGGGCCGGAGGAGGGAGACUGGGGAGACAGGCAGAGGCCCCGCAGGACCCGGGGAUGACAGGCCCGCAGGCUUCCCGGAGGUGACCAGCCCGGGGACACAGGGCUCCGUGUCUGACUGUCGGAAGCUGACACAGCCAGUCACACAGAAAGGGGGCCGGAGGGGGCUUUCUGCAGCCUCGCCGAUUACAGAGAAGUCACUUGUGACCGAGAAAAAAUCCAGUCAUUGGGAAAUGGUUCCGCAAAGUGGAAACGCUGUGAGAAUGCUCGGGCAUGGCGCAGGCGGGAGGGGUCCCCUGCCCCGAGGCUGCCCCGGGCCAGCCCUGCGUGUUCAAGCUGGUCCUCUUGGGAAGCAGCUCUGUGGGCAAGUCCAGCCUGGCUCUCCGGUACGUGAAGAACGACUUCAAGAGCCUCCUGCCCACCGUGGGAUGCGCGUUCUUCACGAAGGAGGUGGGCUCGGGGGCCGCGUCCGCGAGGCUGGAGAUCUGGGACACCGCCGGCCAGGAGAAGUACCACAGCAUCUGCCACCUGUACUUCAGGGGCGCCAACGCCGCGCUCUUGGUCUACGACAUCACCAAGAAGGACUCCUUCCUCGAUGCGCAGCGGUGGCUUCGGGACCUGGAGAGGGAGGCCCCGCCGGGGGAGGUGGUGGUGAUGCUGGUUGGCAACAAGACGGACCUCGGCGGGCAGCGGGAGGUGACGUUCCAGGAAGGGAAAGAGUUUGCGGAGAGCCACAGGUUGCUGUUCGCGGAGGCCUCAGCCAAACUGAACCACCAGGUGACUGAGGUCUUCAGCGCCGUAGUCAGAGAGCUGCUGCGGAGAGAAGAGAGGAAGAGCCAGGCGCAGACGGGCGACAGGGGGCUGGCUCUGACCGGGGCGCCCGCGGGGCAGGCCAGGUGCUGCGCCCACUGACGGCAGCCCCGCCAGGACGCCCCCGGGCCCCUGCUCCGGCCGCCCCUCAGGGCGAGCCGCUGCCUCGGCCACUACUCGGAUGCACCCUGACGAGUCCUAGAGGUUCUGGAAGGUGGUGGCCCUGAACAUUACCAUGUCCCAAAGCCGGUGGGAGUCGUCCAGGAGAGGGGCCGGUGCCAGGGGGCUCCCGGGGCUGACAAAGGACAUUGUCACCUUUUAGCGUUUGUGGGCCCUGCCCCUUGGCUCCCGGUGAAGCUGGACUUUAACGUUUACCAAGGGGCCAAACCCUUUCCAAGCAGGCGCUCUGUUUCUGUCCUCAGCACGCCUUGUACCGUCCGCUUCGUUACAAACAAAACAAAACAAAACAAAACCCAACAAGGAGCUUUCCGGACAUAAAGAAAAGACAAAGAAAAAGAUUAAAGAUUUCCCUAAGGUUAAAGUCUCCCCCACACUAUAAACGUAAGAUGAAAAUCUACAACUUUCCAGAAUGUUCUUUGCCAUGAGGCUUUGUAAUUCUUUAUGUACAAGACGUAUGUGGCCCUGCUCUUCCUUGUGAAGGUCUUGUGUCCCGGGCAGAUGUCCUCGCUUGGGCUCCAAUAAAACUCUUUUCUCUUUAAAAUUUUAGACUCCAUGUUGAUGGGGUAGGGGUGUGUUGGGGCCCAGUAGGCAAAAAAAAAAAAAAAAAAAAAA